AUGAAUCUAGGUUCUAAUUUGAGAAGGACAGGAAAUGCAUCAACUUUGAGCAACAGCGACUCAGUAUGGGGAAAAGUAGUUCUUGAUGCUAAGAAAAGGGACUGCUUCCACAAUGCUGAUGAUGAUAAGGAGUUGGCUCAGGCUAUUGAGGAUGCCUUGCUUGAGCUUGAACUACUCGACGAAUUCGAGACCCCAUUUAAGAAACUCAGUCUAGGGAACAAGCCAGAGACAUGUGUUAUUUCCUCCAGACCUGAAGCUUUGAUUACUGCUGAGACGGGUACCAUGUUCCCUGAAAACAAUGGCUAUGUGGUUUGGGUUUCCUAUGCUUUGGGUCCCUAUUGGGGGUUUCAGCAAGGAUGGAUGAAGUGGCUGAGUGGGGUGAUAGAUAAUGCUUUAUACCCAGUUCUAUUUCUUGAUUCUCUGAAGUCAGGAAUCCCUGCAUUAGGUGGUGGCUUACCUAGAGUUGUUGCAACCUGGGGUCUGACAAUACUUCUCACUUAUUUGAACUAUAGGGGUUUAACCAUUGUGGGAGGGAUUGCUGUUUGUUUAGUGAUUUUCUCGAUCCUACCUUUUGUGGUUAUGGGGUUGUUGGCAAUUCCAUACUUAGAACCUUCAAGAUGGGCUGUGACAAACCUAAAUGAUGUUGACUGGAAUUUGUAUUUGAAUACUCUAUUUUGGAAUCUUAAUUAUUGGGACUCCAUAAGUACUCUUUCUGGAGAAGUGGAAAAUCCAAAGAAAACUCUUCCAAAAGCUUUGUUUUUUGCUAUAAUCCUAGUAGUUUUGAGUUACUUCUUUCCUCUUCUAAUUGGUACGGGUGCUGUUCCCGUCAACCGUGAGUUGUGGACUGAUGGGUACUUCUCAGAUAUUUAA